GGACUGUCAUAACCGUAUAUAGCACUCAUGAGUCACGAGUCACGAGUCACGAGUCAGGCCAGAUCGCCAACCAACCACCUCAAGCCAAAUUUGAAUAAAACGCUUCUCUGGAAAAACGUCUGUGUUGAAAAAGAGAUGGUAGCUCCAGAAAAUCGUAUGGCAAAACUUCCGCGCUUUUUUCUCAUGUUCGUGAAUGCUUCACCCUUUUUCCACCAUUGAAAAGCGACACAGAACUUCAACAGGUUCAUCAAACAUCAGUUAGGGGCUCGUUUGGGAUGAACAGCUUAAGUGCAAUUUUUUUGGCGGGUGAUCUUCUGUCCAUGUAUCAAGCGCCAUGUCAUGGCCCUAUUGGGGACAAAAAGAGGCUAUUUUUUCUACAGAAAAGACUGGACUAGAGCGAAGUGGCCUGAUAUUGAAGUGUCAGUCAGUCUCAGUCCCUUGGGUAUCAGAUCGUUAUUCUCACCAGGAUGUUAGAAGCCAGUGAGAAGCAAAAGUCUUAAGCAUAUAAAGCUCAUUGAAGAUGCUAUGAAUGACAAGAGGAAUGUUGCUGAUGAUUACAUGAACUCAGUAACUUACAAACUAAAUAUAACUUCUGGCGAAACAGGUGGUCCAGUUUAUUUAAAAUGUUGGAUUCGACCACCAUGAAAUUGGAAAAGGAAACAUGAACCCCGGUCUUAUUGAAGCAGAAAGCUGAAGAAUACAAAGCUUCAGCAGAAAUAGCUUCUCUCAAGUCUAGAGGCAGCGCCGAUGAAGCAAGUCUGGGUGAACGAGCCAAGUCCACAAAAGAAGAAGCUAAGGGAUGGUGAAGGAAGUAUGAUAUUGCUGCUAGGGAGGUGAAAUCAGCCUUUGGAAAGGAAGCUUUUGUGCAAAAAUGUACAACCAGAAUAUGCACUAAAGGGAAGAUAGGCUAAGAGUUAAUUUUGCUAAGACUUUGACUGAAAAGGACCAGGGGCUUUAGGACAAGGUUGUAAAGAUGGACCAGGCUUUGCAAUAGUUGACAACUUUUAGCUAGUAAUGGAGGUUCAUCGAGGCCUUUUGUGGCAAUGGAUUUUUGUAAUUGCAUUGGUGAACGGUCAACUGAUAACUUUGUGGUGAAACUUCAGCAUUAUUCUGAUGCAUUAACAGCUUUUGCACAUUUUAUCAUUCCCCUGGCGCUUAUCUAUUUCAUCUGGUGGCAUGGAAUUUUCCCUUACAAAUUGGAGAUCAUCUACUUUGUAACAUUCUCCAUUCUCUGUGGGGUAAGAUAUUUGACAGACAUGUGGAGAUAUUCCAAGUUCUCAGAAACUUUUGCUUCAGUGAUAACGAAUGUGCAACUUUGUGCUGCUGUAGCAUCAUGGUUGACAGUUGUGGUUUUGUAUUUUGUGAUGCCAAAGCUACUAAGUCUAAGAGAAAAUGAACAUCUUCUGAAGAAUAGGGUUGAAGUUCUCAGUAGACAAAAGAGCCUUAUGCUUCGUGAAGUAGCAACAAGACGAUCCAUUGUAAGCUUAAUAGAUGAUAUUCGAAGCACCCUCGAUGGGGAAUGCGUUGUUAAGUCGACUGUUGUUGGGCUGGGACAGAUUUUUGACUUGCAGGAAUGUUCAUUUUGGUUCCCGUCGCAGACUAAUAAGACCCUGCGGCUUUCUCACUCUCUUAACCACUUAGUUUCUGUUGGUUCUGCUGUCCCUAUGAGCCUUCCCGUGGUUGCUGAAAUCUUUAAUACUAUUGGAGCUGUGAGGAUACCACAUACCUGUCCCUUGGUGAGGGCGAAUAGGUCAAAGUGUACCAAGAGAGCCAUGAAUUUUGAGGCUGUGGCCAUUAGAGUACCCCUUUCAUUCACUGAAUCUGAUGACUCAUCUAAUGCGUGUGCAAUUAACUGUGCAGCGAUGGUUCUGGUUCUCCUUUCGGAUAAUAUCAGGAAGUUCCAUGAGUAUGACCUGGAAUUUCUGGCAACUGUUGCAGAACAGGUAUCUGUUGCACUUGGUCAUGCUUCAGCUAUUGAAGAAUCUAUAUUGGCUUGUGAUCAUUUUAAGAAGCAAAACUCUUGUAUGGAGGUGGUUUUACGGGACAGAGAGAUAGCUCUACAGGAUUUCAAUGAUUCAAAGAGUGGUAUCUUUAAUCAGAUGGAAGUACCUGUUUGUGCAAUGAUUAGCUUGUCAUCUUUUCUUCUAGAAACUACAUUGACAUUUCAGCAGAGGGCAAUGGCAGAAAUGAUAUUAAGAAGUACUGGUUCUGUAGAAACACUAUUGCAAAAUAAGAGGGAGCUUUCUGAACUUCAAGAUGGUAUGCUUGUGUUAAAUCUUAGGACCUUCAACCUUUUUGAUUGCAUAAAUGAGGUUGUUAACAUGAUAAAGCCUGCAGCAGCAGUGAAAAAGUUAACACUCUCUCUUGCUUUAGCCCCUGAUUUACCUGUCAAAGCUGCUGGAGACCAAAUAAGGCUAAUGGAAGUUAUUUUGAUUGUCAUUGGUAAUGCUGUGAAAUUCACUAAGGAGGGCCAUAUAUCAGUCACAGCAUCUGUGAUCAAACCCAAAACUCGUAGAGCUUGGCGGCCUUCUACGUUCCAUUUGGUUUCUAGUGACUCCCAUUUUUACUUAAGAGUACAGGUUGAAGAUUCUGGUUGUGGGAUUGACCCACAAGAUAUACCAACCCUGUUUCAUCCUCCACGCAUUUCAAAUCGACAACGGAGUACCAGACUUGGGCUUCCCAUUUGCAAACGGUUAGUUGAGCUCAUGAACGGUCGUAUUUGGGUUGAGAGUGAUGGUUUAGGCAAAGGUUGCACAGCUACUAUCAUCGUGAAACUUGGAGUGUUUAAGUCAAUUGGACCAUGAUCUUGUCAUGGAUUUUCACAAAUUGACGAACUACUUGGAAACACUACAAGUUUAUGGCUUAAUAGGCAUUCCACAUUUUGUAUCAGAUCACAUUAUUUUUGACAAAUUUUAUGUAUGAUUGAAACUUUCUUAUACUUCUUCUGUUUAGUAAUUGUACAUAAGUUAAUUACUUCCAUGUCCUUUGUUCGGUAAGGGUACAAAUCCUAAUACUUAUAAAGCUUCAUACUUCCAUUACUAUUAAUGUGCUGCCUCCAUUUCGAAAUAAUAGGGACAGUUUAACU